GUAAAUGUGACGUCUGCGUCGACAACGUCACCUCACGACUCACGGCCUCAAACACCUCGCUCAAAACACAAAACACGAAAGUUUCGUGACCUAGCGCUAUCGCUGUACGGCGUGGAUACGGAGCUGGCGGGAAACAAAGUAAUUUAUUCGAUUUUUGGUUAUAUAUUUUAAUUGUUGUGAAUCAUGUCUGGAAAAAGGGUGAAAAGAAAGGCACCGGAGACACCGCUUGAGGAGAAACCUACCAAGGAGGAGUAUGCCGUCGCCAAGUACAUCCGUGACAAUAUACCAAACAAGAAGACCAAGUUUAUGCACCACCCGGUGCAGUAUUUCACGGCCGGUCGCGCGGUGGACGCGCUGCUCGACUCACCCUGGGCCUCCGGAGAGAAGAAGCACCCGAUCCUAUUCACAGACCGACAGUCGGUCGUCGACUUCCUGGACAUAAUGUUGCGGCACAAGUUCUUCCACCGUGCGAAGAAGAUCGCCAUCACAGACCGCGACCUGCGGCGCAAGGAGCUGAAGAAGCUCAAGAAGAAGGAGGAUGAGGAGCGGAAGAAGAAGGGCACCACUCGGGAGGAGAGCGAGAGCGACUCGGGAGAAGAUGAGGAGACCAAGGAGGCGGCGGAGCGCAGUGCUGCCGACGAGCCGGCCGGCGAGCCCAGCGCCGCCGAGGGAGACACCUCGUCACCAAGGGCCAAAAAGAAGAAGGAGUCCGAGGAGGGCAAGCCGAAGCGCCGCGUCAAGCUGGACAUGCACCUGGAGCAGGUGUUUGUCGACGGUAACGACGCCUACGUGUGGAUCUACGACCCGAUCCCGACGCACUACUGGCUGCUGGGCAUUCUGCUGGUGCUGGCUAUCGUGGCUGUGUGUCUGUUCCCGCUGUGGCCGGCCAAAGUCAGAGAGUACGUGUACUACCUGUCGCUGGCGGCCGCCGGUUUCCUCGUGUUCAUCCUGGCUCUCUCUGUGAUCCGCGUGGUGGUGUUCGCCCUCGUCUGGCUGGUCACCAUGGGCAGACACCACCUCUGGAUCCUGCCGAAUCUCACCGAGGAUGUUGGAUUCUUCGCUUCGUUCUGGCCCUUGUAUCAGUACGAAUACCGGGGUCCUAAAGAGGAUAAGAAGAAGGAGAAGCGCAAGAAGAAGAAGGACGCUGCUGCGGAAGGAGAGAGCGGCGAUGUUUCGGCGACCAAAUCUGAGGACAAACCGGCUGAGUCGGCGCCAAAGGCCGACCCGGGCGAGGCGGAAGGAGGGCAGGCCGAGGACGGAACUAAAGAACAGGACGGUGACGAGCAUCGGGAGUCUGAGGGCGGCUCGGAGGGCAGCCAGCAGUCGACCGGUUCGUUCGAGAUCCUGGAAAAGUCCGAUGAGCCCGACACUGAGACGUAGGGUCCGGUCCGCGCGUCCGUCCGUCCGUCCGUCCGUCGGUGGUGGCUGUCCUCGUGACCGGUCAGUCGCGCGGGCGGCGGGCAGUCGGCGACGGCGGCUCUGUUAUGAUUUGAUCGAAAGACGAGUGCACAAGUUAUAGGUUUGAUGGCUAGGCGUUAGGUAAUUAAUGCGUACGUUUUAGUUUGGAUCGGCUAGUUUUAUUUGUUGUUUGGUGUCACGGGCAUUGGUGUUGUUAUAAAUUUUUAAAGUUUAUUUUAAUAAAAUUGAGGAAAAUUAUUUCACGAAAUUGUCCGAUAUCUUUUUUGUUGAAGCUAUUUUUUGGAAAGGCGCUUGAAUCAAAUUGGUCUUUCUGUCGAUCGAGGGGUCACAAAAAAAAAUGAUGUGAUUAACGUGGCGUCGAGUGUGUCACCACUCCUUCACUUUGGCCGCCAGGUGAAUUUUGAAGGAUUUGGGAACAUGGUCAAGGAGACACGUUUAUCAUUCGCGUUUAAACUGAUUAAAUCGUGUUUCAGUCUGUGGUCAACAAGAUCUUCGGUGUAAGUCGGGCACAGGUUUAUAAAUACACUAAGAGCUGUAAUUGUACAUAAACC